GCCCAGAGCUAACGUUGAAACUGCCGCUGACGGUUGCGGAUGACCGUUUCUGACAUCGACUGUCUCGAGUCACUGCGCUCAAUUCUGCCGCGAUCAUGAGCCAACUACUCACAUCGCGGCAGGCGGAGGAACUCCACAAAUCCAUCAUAGCCUACUUGGCUUCUGUGAAUCUCCCCAAGAGCUCAGCUGCCCUGAGGGAGGAGCUCGCGGACUCGAUUACCCUGGACGAUGCCACAACGAAGAAAUAUGAAGGGCUACUGGAGAAGAAGUGGACGAGUGUCGUUCGCUUACAGAAGAAGAUAAUGGACCUAGAAUCAAGAUGUGCUGCGCUGCAAUCGGAGCUGGAUUCUGCCACACCAACAUCACUCUCUCGAAGGAAUCAGGAUCCUGUGUCUUGGCUACCUCGUGCCCCGCCUCGACAUGAUCUUCAGUCGCAUCGUGGGCCUGUUACCUGCGUUGCGUUCCACCCGAUCUUCUCGUCUCUCGCGUCUGGAUCUGAAGAUACGACAAUCAAAAUCUGGGAUUGGGAGCUAGGAGAGCUGGAGAGGACAAUCAAAGGUCACACCAGGGCGGUUCUGGAUGUGGAUUAUGGUGGACCUCGAGGUGGUACCUUACUUGCAUCGUGCUCGUCCGAUCUAACGAUAAAACUGUGGGACCCGUCCGAUGAGUACAAAAACAUCCGAACGCUUCCCGGUCACGAUCACAGUGUCUCUGCAGUUCGAUUCAUACCGUCUGGAGCCGCUGGUUCACCUACAUCUGGCAAUCUUCUUGUCUCCGCGUCAAGAGACAGGACCUUGCGGAUAUGGGACGUCACAACAGGAUAUUGCGUUAAGACGUUGCAGGGCCACUUGGAAUGGGUACGUGACGUCGCCCCGUCACCAGAUGGCCGUUUUCUCUUCUCCGGUGGAGAUGACCGGAUACCCCGACUCUGGGAUAUCUCUUCUGGGGAGACGAAGGCGACCUUCCUCGGCCAUGAACACGUCGUUGAGUGUGUUGCGUUCGCCCCCGCUACUGCGUACCCACACUUGGCUGGGCUGGCUGGGCUUAAGAAGCCACCACCCGCGUCCUCCUCUGCUGAAUAUGCUGCUACUGGCUCUCGAGACAAGACGAUCCGACUAUGGGACUCUCGGGGGACGUUGAUCAAGACGUUGGUUGGACACGACAACUGGGUGCGUGCGCUGGUCUUCCAUCCAGGAGGGAAAUAUCUUCUGUCCGUAUCAGAUGACAAGACCAUCCGUUGCUGGGAUCUCACCCAGGAGUGCAAGUGCGUUCGCACAAUCGACAAUGUUCACGGACACUUCGUCAGCUGCAUCCGAUGGGCACCCAGUAUGCUUAAAGACGCAGCAGCUAAUGGGGAGGCAAGCACCAAUGGCUCGUCCACGCCCGUAACGAACGGGGCGAAGAAGGACGACCCGAACAAACUAGCGAUCAGAUGUGUGAUCGCGACGGGUAGCGUAGACUUGAGUGUACGGGUCUUUGCUUCAUAGGAAGCCAAAAGAAAACAGUCUCGAAAAGACUCACCAGUCAUUUCAACA